AAAGACUCCAAUCCAAUGAGGAGUGAAAGAAAUCCCACAAGCUCAAGAUUGUUGAGGAAUCUGAUAAAUCAGAUUCCACUUCACUGGAUGCACUGCAACUAAGUGGGGAUGCAAAGUCGGGAGCUGAGGGAAAAUGACUAAUGACUAAAAACUCAAUGAAAAACUAAAGACUACAACUAAAAUCUUUUAACCAAUGCAUGAAACUACAGAACACAGGUUAAAAAAAGAAAACAAAAGAGUCAACCAACUAGAACACAAUUUGUGACAAAACCCAAACCACAAAACCAAAUUUUUCCCUGCUUGAUCGGGUCCCCUUAUUAAAUCUUUUCCUUCCACUCAAUUUUUCAAUAACAUGCUUGCACACAGCACUGUGAAUAACCUUUGGUGGCUUACCCUCCUUGUGAAAGAUGCCUGUUAGACAAAUGUCAAGUCAGCAUGUUCUCCUAUAAUGUUGUGGGCUAAAAUGUUCGGUAUAAAAAGUCAUUUUUCUAAUUGGCCUUUUGUUAUAUUACAUUGAAGGUUUGAAUGUAGCUCAUAUUCAAGUUGAUAAUUUUCAGAUUUUUUGUUUUGUUUUUAUUAAUUAUAAGCUAUAAUCAUGAAAAUUAACCGAAAUAAAUGCUCUACAUAUAUCAGUCUUUGUAGUAAAUCCAUUUAAUGUGAGUUCAACUUUUUAAAUUGAAUUACUGAAAAAGGCUUUUCGAAUAUAUUCUAUUUUUUUUUUUUUUUUUUUGAGAUACACCUGUAAUAACGAACCAAACUGGAUCAGUCAGCAUGAGGUUGGACUUUCCCUUUAGGGUCGCGGAUUUAUGCAACAGCAUCCCACCUGCCUCAGUCAGACAGUCAGCACCGUGGACAGUGGACCCACGCCCGGUUUCCCCGCUGCAAGGUGGAUCCAGAGCGGGCCCCGAGGGGCAGGCCACCAUCCGUUCGUAAUGACGACCAGCUAAUCCGGCAUCAUCUCCCAUCAUGUCACUGCGGCACUGACAGUUGAGGUAGGGCUCUGGCAGGAUGCUGCAGGAACACCGCCUCCUCCUCAUCAUCCCAGCCUCCGCAGGAACGCUGUUGUUUUGGACUCUCAUCUCGGAAAUGUCCCCGGAUGAUCGCGGGUCCAACGCAGCGGCUCGUGUGGGAUGAGAGCCGCUGCAGAGGCAGAUAAAAGGUAGUGAAACCCCUCCUUGGUCCCCCUCCACGUCUUGCAUUGUUAUCGGUCACCAUGUCUCCCCCAGCCUCUGCUGCGACAGCCAGUGAAAGCAGCACCACCACCGUCUACGAGGAGGACACCAGGGAGGAGCAAAGACCCUUGAAGCAAUCUCUGAGCAAGUCCUUAUGUCGUGAGAGUUUUUGGAAAUGCCUCCUGCUGUCUGUUCUCAUGUACGGCUGCAUGGGGGCAAUGGUCUGGUGCCACGUCACCAAGGUGACCCGGCUCACCUUUGACAGCGCCUUCAAAGGGAAGUCCAUGAUGUACCAUGACAGCCCCUGCUCGGACGGAUACAUCUACAUCCCCCUCGCCCUGUUGGGCAUGCUCUACCUGGUGUAUCUAGUAGAGUGCUGGCACUGCCACGUGAAAAAUGAGCUGCAACACAAAGUGGAUGUGGAGGGCAUCGUCGAGCGCAUCCAGAGGAUGCAGCAAGCGAAGCCCUGCAUCUGGUGGAAGGCCAUCAGCUACCACUAUGUGCGUCGAACUCGACAGGUAACACGCUAUCGAAACGGAGAUGCUUAUACCAGCACCCAGGUGUACCACGAGCGAGUCAACACCCACGUGGCCGAGGCUGAAUUCGAUUAUGGCCUCUGUGGAGUCAAAGAUGUUUCCAAACAACUUCUGGGGCUGGAGAAGUCUCCUCUAACAAAGAUGCGAUUCACAAAGUGCUUUAGCUUUGCCAAUGUAGAGUCCGAAAACUCGUACCUGACACAGAGAGCCAGGUUUUUCACCGACAAUGAGGGCCUUGAUGACUACAUGGAAGCCAGGGAGGGUAUGCACCUUAAAAACAUCGACCUGAAGGAGUACGUCAUGGUGCUCUCUGACCCAGAGCACCACCCCUGGUAUCUGUCCCAGUAUGUGUUCUGGUUUGCAUCCUUCCUAACUUUCUCCUGGCCUCUCAGAGUCUUCACUGAAUACCGCACUGCAUAUGUUCACUAUCGUGUUGAAAAGCUUUUUGGGCAAGAUUACCUUCCUGUGACCCCGUGUGACGAUCGGCCAUAUUGGCGCCGCAUCCCCCGCGUCAACACCAUUGACAGCACCGAGUUGGAGUGGCACAUUCGCUCCAACCAGCAGCUAGUGCCCAGCUACUCAGAAGCUGGCCUAAUGGAUCUGGCCCAGUGUCCAAACAGCUUCAGCGGGAUUCGUCAGAACUGUGAGCGCUGCCACCGAGCCAUCAGCUGCUCCUCUGUGUUCUCCAGGAGCGCCCUCAGCAUCUGCACUGGCGCCAGCUCUCGCAUCCCAUUCAGUGGCAGUCGCUUCUCCCUUGCUCGCCGUUAUGGCUCCCAGAGAAGCUGCUUCUGGAGGAGCGGCAGCUUGGAUGACCAGGAGAGCCCAAGUGAAAACACCCGCUGCCUGUCAGAGCGCCUUGCCACAGACGACGAGGAGCCUCCGCACUAUGACGACGCCCUGUGCUACCCUGUGCUCAUUGUCCACUGCAGCGAGAACUGCCACAACCACAGAUCUUUCCACAGAAAUAGCUCCUGCUUGGAGACGUCCUUAUGAAUGCAGGGCCACUGAAAAAACCUAGUGAAGCCUCCGUAGCAUGCAUUCACUGUCAAUACCAGAAACAGAGAGAGCAAACAAGGCAGAAAAAGUGAUAAUAUCAGAAAGGACUGCCUGAGUUGUGACUAUGUGAACUGCCAAAGCAAUAAGAGUGGUUCACCGGUGCAGAAGAAACAGGAAAACAAAAUCAGAUCAGCUUCCAAUGACAACCAAGGAGACAAAGACUGUUACACUGCACAUCAUCACCAUACCUUUGGAGAUCUGAACAGAGCAUAUGAAACCUGAAGCUUCAGUUACCUCAUAAGGCGGUUGGGAUAAUAUCGCUCAUUUUUCCUCACAAUGUUUCAGCAAACCAAAUGAUCCAGAAGUAAUGAGAUGGAUAAAAUUAGAGCAGAUUUCAACAGACUUGUGAUUACAGCACUAAAAAUGACAACACAAACGAGGAAUAUCAAUAAACAAAAUGUUUAUGAUCACCAUGGAGACACUGAUCAAUACAAAAAGCUCUAAAAUCAUCUGGACAAGUUAUUACUUUAUGAUUAAACAUUUCUCAGUCUUCUAAAGUGCUGUAAUUAAUUUUGUACAGCAACAUCCUUGGUUUUUCAGAAAGCCUUUUACACCCACAGACAACAGACUGAAGUUUCAUUUUAGCUUCUGUUUUGAGGGAAAGAUACAAAUCACAACAAACUGUUCAGAUUAAAAUCAUACUGAUUGAUCCAUCUAAACAAACUUGAUACCAUUGUUAUUUAUGGUUUUCUGCUGCUGGUGCUUUUUAGCAGCUUCUGAGAGAGCCAGUGAUGGUAAAAGGAAAGUACACCCUCUUUCAGUUCUAGUAUUUUACAUAUAAGGACACAAUAAAAAAGAUCUGGUCUUUACCAGAUUCUAAGGUUAUUUAAAUCUAACCUCAAAUGUACAAAAA